CCGAACCUUUUUGUCCCUCUCUCCUUCCCAGGAACAUCCUCUCUUCCCUCCCCCUUCUUUAAACUCGCGACCUGUCCGAGUCUCUCGACAGACAAACAAUACGGAUCGACUCUUCGGUCUCUUUUUAGAAACGCUUAUUUAAUUCCAUUAUCGCAAAAUACACAACCACUUGAUAGCUUCACCGCUGCCGUUCAAGAUGGCCAGAGGAAAUCAGAGCGGGCUCUUCAUGGGCCUGUCUGCCCUCUUCUACCUCGUCCUCCUCUUCACCCCCCUCGCCUUCCUCCAGACCGCCAGCGCAUCUUCGGAACAGGAGCCAUUGGCAGCAGAGAGCUAUGGCACAGUUAUCGGUAUUGAUUUGGGAACCACUUACUCUUGUGUCGGUGUGAUGCAGAAUGGCAAGGUCGAGAUUCUCGUCAACGACCAAGGUCACAGAAUUACCCCAUCUUACGUCGCGUUCACGGAGGAGGAGCGCCUGGUCGGAGACGCAGCAAAGAACCAAGCCGCUGCGAACCCAAAGAACACUAUCUACGAUGUCAAGCGUAUGAUCGGUCGCAAGUUCUCUGACAAGGACGUCCAGGCCGACAUGAAGCACUUCCCAUUCGACGUUGUCCAGAAGGAUGGCAAGCCAAACGUCCGCGUUGAGGUUAACGGCAGCCCCAAGACUUUCACCCCAGAGGAGAUCUCUGGCAUGAUCCUCGGAAAGAUGAAGGAUGUCGCUGAGUCUUACCUGGGUAAGAAGGUCACCCACGCCGUCGUCACCGUCCCAGCCUACUUCAACGACAACCAGAGACAGGCCACCAAGGACGCCGGCAUCAUUGCCGGACUUAACGUUCUCCGCAUUGUCAACGAGCCAACCGCCGCCGCCCUCGCCUACGGUCUUGAUAAGACCGACGGUGAGCGCCAGAUCAUCGUCUACGAUCUUGGUGGAGGAACCUUCGAUGUGUCUCUCCUGUCAAUUGACCGUGGCGCUUUCGAGGUUCUUUCUACCGCUGGUGACACCCACUUGGGUGGUGAGGAUUUCGACCAGAGAGUCAUCAACUUCUUCGCCAAGCAGUACAACAAGAAGAACGGCGUUGACAUCACCAAGGACCUCAAGACCAUGGGUAAGCUGAAGCGCGAGGCUGAGAAGGCCAAGCGUACUCUCUCUUCCCAGAUGUCCACCCGCAUCGAGAUUGAGGCUUUCCACAACGGCAACGACUUCUCCGAGACCCUUACCCGCGCCAAGUUCGAGGAGCUCAACAUGGAUCUCUUCAAGAAGACCCUCAAGCCGGUCGAGCAGGUUCUCAGGGACGCCAAGGUCAAGAAGGAGGAGGUCGACGACAUUGUCCUCGUCGGUGGCUCUACCCGUAUUCCAAAGGUCCAGGCCCUCAUCGAGGAGUACUUCUCCGGAAAGAAGGCCAGCAAGGGUAUCAACCCUGAUGAGGCUGUCGCUUUCGGAGCUGCCGUCCAGGGUGGCGUUUUGUCUGGUGAGGAGGGUACUGAGGAGAUCGUUCUUAUGGACGUCAACCCAUUGACCCUUGGUAUUGAGACCACUGGUGGUGUCAUGACCAAGCUCAUCCCAAGAAACACUGUCAUCCCAACCCGCAAGUCCCAGAUCUUCUCUACCGCCGCCGACAACCAGCCAGUUGUCCUCAUUCAGGUCUUCGAGGGAGAGCGCACUAUGACCAAAGAUAACAACCAGCUUGGCAAGUUCGAGCUUACUGGCAUCCCACCGGCACCCCGUGGUGUUCCCCAAAUCGAGGUCUCUUUCGAGCUUGAUGCCAACGGAAUCCUUAAGGUUACCGCUGGUGACAAGGGCACCGGAAAGUCCGAGUCCAUCACCAUCACCAACGACAAGGGGCGUCUUACCCAGGAGGAGAUUGACCGUAUGGUUCAGGAGGCUGAGCAGUAUGCCGAUGAGGACAAGGCUACCAAGGAGCGCAUCGAGGCCCGUAACGGUCUUGAGAACUACGCUUUCAGCCUGAAGAACCAGGUCAACGAUGAGGAGGGUCUUGGAGGCAAGAUUGAUGACAAUGACAAGGAGACUAUCCUUGAGGCCGUUAAGGAGACCACCGACUGGCUCGAGGAGAACGCCGGUACCGCCAACUCUGAGGACUUCGAGGAGCAGAAGGAGAAGCUCUCGAACGUCGCAUACCCCAUUACCAGCAAGCUAUACAGUGGCAGCGGUGCCGAGGGAGAGGAUGACUCCGGACACGAUGAGCUAUAGAGUGUAUCAUAUCCAUUUGGGCGAAAAAUAAAAAUCGAGAAAGUUGCGCUUCACGCUGCAAUUUCAAUCAUGCAGAAGAGGAGGUUUCGUCGUCUUUUUUUGUUGUGGUUUUGGGAGUGUAAUAUCUAGACUUAUAGCAUGCAGGCAAGAGAAUGAAGCAUAAAUACACUUAACUUUAUCCUGGU